CGCAGGUGAGCGCUUUACGUGCCGUGAUGUCAUGGAAGGGAAACGAGGAUCUUGUUUUCCUUCCUCCAUUUAGCGUACGUGCGGUUCCGUCUGGGAAUGAUCGACCAAUGAGACCUGAUGGAGAAAUCUCUGAGUCUAACUUUUGCAACGAAUGACAAAGACUCCUGAAGUGCUGAAGCAACGGGUGCAGACAAGCAUAUUCGUGUAUCCACAAAACUUGGGCUGGUGAGAUGGAGGACGCAUACAAUGAACUAUACCAGCAGUUUCUUUGCCUGAGGUCACUUUGCUUGAAACAGGCAGCUCUGUUGCAUCAACUCACAUCAGCUCUGCAGAAACAAGGUGUGUCUGUUCCUAAUGGAGAAUUGAGCAGUUUGAUGUCGAUUCCUGUCCAGUGUACCCAGGAAAUCCCUGUGUAUCUCCAUGAAAAGCCUCAACCACUAACGGCUGAAACACGAAACCCUGUAGCACAGUCUGGCAUUGAUCGCCUUUCCAGAAAUGUGGGAACUGUCUCUGAAUUCCUUUCUGAAGAUAUGUCCAAGCUCUGUAUGGAUAUAUCCUGUCAGAGAAAGGAGGAUGUGAAGGUGGAGCAAAAACCCCAAUUCUUGACUGCCAUGGACGCCUCAAGGUGCCAUGGAGCAUCUCCCUGUGAACAAAGACAUCCAGGACAAAGUCAUCUUGGUGGACACAGGACUCAUUACAGAAUGCCUGUGACAGACAGACUCUCCCUGGGUGGUGACAUCUUCUGCCAGUCGAGCGGGGCGCUGAUGUCGGACGUGGCGCUGCAGUCACAUGUUUGUGACUUCUGCCAGGCGGUUUUCCCUGGUCACACAACCACAAGAGGAGAGUUCCUACGACACCUCGACACCCACGUCACCUAGACUGACCUUCUGGAAAUCGGCCCGUUCUGUUUGGUUGUGGAUGAACUGUUCAGAUACUGAUGCUGACAUAAUCACUCAUAUGAGGUAUAAUGAAGAAACUGGUGUAUUUAUAUGUGAAAAUAUUUUUUUGUUAUUUUAACAGCUCAGUUCACCAACUGAAGAGGAAAUCAUAUUUGUGUCACUCCCACCCAUGGUACUAGUGUCUAGCCGUGGUCUUGUCUGGGUUAUGAGGGUGGAUGCAUUUUCAGUUUGUGUUGAUCAGAGCAGUAAAACAACAGCAUGUCUUUGCAGAUUUAGUUUGUUUUCAGUUCCAUUGUUCAGUCCAUGACUAUAUCUGUUUUUAAUAGGGGUUUAAUGUAGUUCCAUUCAAAUUACUGAAAUUAAAGUGCAUAUCGUAAAGAUAAUAUUUAUAAUUUCAACCUGCAAGGAAAGUGUCUCGUUCACAUACACUGAUCCCUCUCAGGUAUUUUAAUACAGCCAGUAGACACACAGACACAGUGGAAUGAUUUAUUUAAUAAACAAGGUGAUGUCAUGUCAUAAUUCAGUCUACUGUUCUGUCUUCUAAUCUGACACUUCAAACUUGCUUGUCGUUGUUGUUCUCGUUGUUGCAAGUAAAGGGAACAAAAAUCUUC